CCUUCGGUUCCGCCCGGCUCGCAAAAGCCAUCGUGGUUGACCUGACCGGAAGCCAAGUGGUGCCACCGUCUGACCUCCCCCUCCACCGCGCGACGCCGCCGGGAACGCGCCGCCAUCUCCAGGCUCCCCCUCCGCGCCACGAUGGCCGAGAUUGAGAUAAAAACAGCACCUGCGGACUUCCGUUUCCCUACGACAAACCAGACAAGGCAUUGUUUUACUCGCUAUGUAGAGUACCACAGGUGUGUGAACGCCAAAGGGGACGAUGCUGGUGACUGUGACAAAUUCGCCAAGUACUACAGGUCCCUUUGCCCUGGAGAAUGGGUUGAGAAGUGGAACGAGCAGAGGGAGAACGGGACCUUUCCAGGACCUCUCUGAAUCUACUGCCUGAGACCUGCCCUUUGGACUAGUCAACACGUUGGCCAGUCGCACUGUUCCAUUCUGCAUUCCUGCUUUCAGAAUCGUCAAUGCCUUUGUCCCUUGCUCUUCAACCAAUCGCUACAAAACUGUUAGUGAUGCUCUCCUUAUGCUGUUCUAAUAAUUGGCUACAGUGGCCUCACAUGCUGCCUUGUGUUGUGUGGACCUCAUUUCUUCGCGUAUAAACGUCUGAAUUGGAACUUGCAUUCUUUCGUGCCUGUGACUGUACCGCCCUGUACUGCGCCUUUUGUGUCUUCAAUAUGCUGGAAUUGUAGUAAUGGCUGGGAAUCAGGGUAGGACAAUGAUUACAUACUGCCCAUGAAUGUGGGUGUACCGUGUACCUUUCCCGGGGUAAGAUUUUGAAAUGAAAGCUUUUUUUUUUA